AUGUUAAAUAAUGCACCACCUGGCACUCUUGGUAUGGCUGCUUCUCGUAGAUGGUCCAAUGCCAAACUUUCUAUGAAAUUUCUAAAACAUUUCAUUUCCAUAGUGAAACUCUCUCUGGGCACUGAGGUACUGCUUAUUAUGGACAACCAUGAAAGUCAUCUCUCACCGGAAGCAAUAAAUCUGGCUAAGGAAACUGGUAUCAUCAUUUUGACUUUCCCUCCCCAUACCAGCCACAAAUUACAGCCAUUGGAUAGGACCGCCUUUGACCCCAUGAAGACACACUAUAAUAACGCAUGCAGGGACUGGAUGCUCAGUAGUCCUAGAAAGACAGUUUCUAUUUAUGAUGUUUCUGCACUAAUGGGCAGGGCAUUUCCUUUGGUUUUCACUACAAACAAUAAAACUGCUGGUUUCAGGUUUACUGGCAGCUGGCCAUUCAAUGAAGAGGUGUUCAGAGAAGAUGAAUUCUCACCUGCAGAAAUGACAAAGAAGCCAUAUCCUGGAAGAGCUGGUGAAAUCCAGUCACCAGAAUGA